CCUACACAAGGAGAAACCAGCCACGGGACAGAGACGGGGAAAGCUUGCGCGUAUCCGGCCAAGCUCCGCGUUUCACGAACACCCGUCGGUUGGCCUGGCUGUUCAGUAAGCUCGGAGCUUUCGACCGGUCCAGUCGCGCGGCGUUCGAUCGAGCCGCGGCGAAGUCGCGUCCCGUCGCGACGCAUCCUCUCUUACGCAGUUGCGUGGGACAUGUGCGUGUCCCGUUCGAUCCCCCAGGUGCUCGUCGUUGGCUGAAAGGCGGCCGGCCAGGUGAAACAGUGAUAGAAUCGCUCGGUCCUCGGCGAGCCUCCUCGAUGACGGUCGGACGAGAGCGAAAGAGCUGCGACAGCCACCGGGGAAGAGGCCCGAGAAGCGGCGAGCCGUGAACGAGCCAAAAGGCGAUCCGGAGAGGACAGGGCUGAGUGGAUGAGUCGGAGAUGAGAGCAGAUAAACGUCGAUCAACGCCGGUGCUCGGCUAUUCCCGCAGGCCCGACACUGGCCCGGCCUAGGACACCAGAACCGUGCGCCAAUCGCGAUCAGGGCUCUCGACCGGAAGUCACGGUAGCCAGGACGAGCGUGCAGGGCCAAGCCGCUCUCUCUCUCUCUCUCUCCCUCUCACUCUCUCUCUUUCUAUCUCUCUAUCUCUUUCUCGCACUCUCUUCCUAUCUCCCUUUCUCUCGCUCGCUCGCUCGCUCGCUCUAUAGCCUCGAGAUCGAUUCAGAGACCGUCGAAUCAGCUUGAUUACUGUCACGGAAGACGGAUAGGAGCAGGGAUCAGCGGCGCCGGACCCGCCGCACACUGAUUUCCACGGAAAAAUGAAAUGAUCGAGCACGGAUCGGCCCGGCUCGAUCUCGGCGUCGGAUCCCGGGCCGCGUGAACCUACUGUGACCGAUCGGACACUGGCGAAUCGGAUCACUCGGUGCUCCGUUGUUCUCGGCGCACGAAGCCCAGGGAUGCAGUAAAACCGGGUGCGUAAGUGAAAACGAAGGGAGCCGACCGAGGGAAGAGACGCGCAGGCUUCGCCUUAUCUUUCUCGCACCUUGGAACCUCGAAAUAUUCACCGGACAGAUAAUCUGCCGGGGAUCGAUGGCAAUUAAAUCGUCGACGAUCGACCGUUCGUCGUGGCAACUGUGUGAUCGAUAAACCGGUGAUCAACGAAGGAAAACGCAUCGAUUUUUCGUGGCGCGAGAAUAUCUGCCGAAGAAUCGUGGAGAUUGAACAGGCCCGGAGUUCCGAGAGUUGCACAGCUCAGAAGGUACGUAAAGUUUAACAAAGCGGCGCGAGCACAAUGUGAAGUGUCCUCACCUCGUUCUCAACUUCCGCGAGUUAUAAGCGGAGACGUAUCCUACCAUUGCUCUCAAUGGUAAUUAAUUCAGACCUAAGAUGAUAUGGAGUCUGAGGACGAAGUGGACGAGAAGUUGCCGGAGCCGAAAGAUGCAGAGGUGAAUCACAAUGACAACAUAGAGAACUUCAGUACGAUGAAAAUUUCGACGAAACCGAUGUCCUCGAAGUCGGCAGAGAGGAGCGAGUGCCAGCUGGUGUGCUCUCCGAACCCUGAGGAAUCCGAGGAAUCCGAGGAACCUAAGGAUCCCGACAAAAUGGAGGCGUCCGCGCAAGAAAAAUCAAAAUUACCUUUAAGUCCAAGCAGCAAGACUGAAGUCAAAGACGGUGACAUAGCCAGAUUCUGUAGAACGAAGAGGAUCACCUGCCAGGAGACGAUACACGAGUACGACGAAGAUGAUGGCCUGACGAUGGAGAAGGUUGGAAGGUAUCUAGAGGCGCAUCCAGAGGCGGUCGAGGCCUGGCUCCGCGAGAACGCGAGCCACGAGCUUCGACAGCGUCUCCAAGGCGUGCCGAGCGUGGUCCAAAGCAAAUCGCCGGUGAGGGCCACGCACCAGGAAGAGAAUCCUCUGACACGGAGCAAGCGGAACAGCGUGACAUCCGAUAUCUUCCAAACGUGGCUGGACUCCAGUUCGCCAGCGAAGAGGAGCAAGAGCCCCAAUAGGACCUACUCGUCGCUGGUGGGACGCCGAGAGGAGCUGAACAGGCUAGACGAGAGCGACCUGUUCAUGGAGCUGAUCAGGGACGUGGCGAACGAGCUGGACAUCAACGUGCUCUGCCACAAGAUCCUGGUGAACGUCGGCCUGCUGACCCACGCCGAUCGAGGCAGCCUUUUCCUAGCGAAAGGACCUCUGGAAGACAGAUACCUGGUAGCUAAGCUGUUCGACGUGACCCAGGAGACCGAGCUCGAUGAAGCGAUUCGCAAGGCGAAGAACGAGGAGAUCAAGAUCCCGUUCGGCGUCGGGAUCGCUGGCUACGUCGCCCAGACUAAGGAGAUCAUCAACAUCAAGGAUGCCUACAAGGAUCCCAGAUUCAACAGCACCAUCGACAUGCGCACGGGCUACAAGACGACCUUGAUCCUCUCGAUGCCCAUCUGCAACUACGAGGGCGACGUGAUAGGGGUCGCCCAGAUCAUCAACAAGACCAACGGCAGCAACGAGUUCACCGACAGGGACGUCGAGGUGUUUCAAAGGUACCUGACGUUCUGCGGGAUCGGUAUACAGAACGCGCAGCUGUUCGAGCUGUCCGUGCAGGAGUACAGAAGGAACCAGAUACUUCUGAACCUGGCGAGAAACAUAUUCGAGGAACAGAACAACCUCGAGUGCCUCGUCACCAAGAUCAUGACCGAGGCGAAAGAGCUGCUCAAGUGCGAGAGGUGCGCUGUGUAUCUUCUGGACCUCGACUGCGGCGAGGCGGGCCACCUCGAAAAGAUCGUCGAGCGGCCAGGAAAGUCGACGCAAGAGAGCAGAAAGCCGCUGUCUAGACGAGAGAGCAACAACAUCGAAAUGGAGGACAUUUUCCAACAGCACGCUCUGAACGACACCAACAAGUUCACGACCAUCUUCGAGAUGGACAAUAAGAGCAAGGAGGGCAAGGUGUACAGGCCCAGUCCGAACGACCUGGGGAGUCCUCUCGGUCAGAUCGCUAGAUACGUGGCAGCGACCGGUCAGAUCUUGAAUAUCGGGGAUGUGGCCACUUGGCUGAAGAAAGACGUCAUGCAAUCUGGAAAUGAACCCAUCAAGAGCAUCCUCUGCAUGCCCAUCGUGAACGGGCAGAGAACCGUAAUCGGCGUCGCCCAGCUGAUCAACAAGGACAACGGAACGUCCUUCACCGACUCUGACGUGUCGAUCUUCGAGGCGUUCGCGAUCUUCUGCGGCCUCGGGAUCCACAACACGCAGAUGUACGAGUCGGCCUGCAAGCUAAUGGCCAAGCAGAAGGUAGCCCUCGAAUGCUUGAGCUACCAUGCUACCGCCAGCAACGACGACACCGUCAAGCUAACCUCGGAGCCGAUACCGUCCGCGGAAACGUUCAAUCUGUACAGUUUCACGUUCAUCGACUUCGACCUGACCGACGAGGACACCUGCAGAGCCACCAUCCGAAUGUUCAAGCAAUGCAACCUGAUCCAGAAGUUCCACAUACCCUACGAGGUGCUCUGCAGGUGGAUACUCAGCGUUAAGAAGAAUUACAGACCGGUCAAGUACCAUAACUGGAGGCACGCGCUAAACGUCGCGCAGACGAUGUUCGCCAUGCUGAAAACCGGAAAGAUGGAGCAAUUCAUGACCGAUCUAGAGAUCCUAGGGCUGCUGGUAGCCUGUCUGUGCCACGAUCUAGAUCAUCGGGGAACGAACAACGCGUUCCAAACGAAAACGGAGUCCCCGUUAGCGAUCCUCUAUUCGACUAGCACCAUGGAGCAUCAUCACUUCGAUCAGUGCGUGAUGAUACUCAACUCGGACAGCAACAACAUCUUCCAGAACCUGACCAUGCAGGAUUACAGAAGGGUGAUGAGGGUAGUGGAGAGCGCGAUUCUUUCUACGGACCUGGCGGGCUACUUCAAGAAGAAGGAUCGGUUCAUGGAGCUGAUAGACGAUGGGGAGUUCGACUGGCAGAGCGAGGAGAAGAAAGAACUGCUCUGCGGGAUGAUGAUGACCGCCUGCGACGUCAGCGCGAUCGCGAAGCCGUGGGAAGUCCAGCACCGAGUCGCUAAGUUGGUAGCGGACGAGUUCUUCGACCAAGGGGACCUGGAACGUCUCCAACUGAACCAGCAGCCGGUCGCGAUGAUGGAUCGCGAGAAGCGGGACGAGCUGCCUCAGAUGCAGGUCGGGUUCAUCGACAUGAUCUGUCUGCCUCUGUACAAAGUGAUGGCGGACACGUUCCCGUGGAUCAUGCCGCUCUACAACGGCACCAUGGAGAACAGAAGGCACUGGCAGGAUCUUGCCGAGAAGGUGAAGAUGGGCCUGACCUGGAUCGACCGCGACACCAUCGAGGAACCGGUCGAGGAGUUCGUCGACUCCGAGCCGAAGGACAUCGAGUUCACGGUGACGACCUUGAACUGCGCCCACGCCGAACGAAAAGAGACCACGGAGAAAUCGUCGCUCGGCAGGUUCGCGUCCUUGAGAAAAGGCGGUCGCACCUUGAGCAAAGGUGUCCGACACCGGAUCAGUAGAUCGUUGUACGCGAGCGGAACGCCGGAGGACACCGCGAAGUCGAAGGCGUUGAUCCCCGACAGGAAGAGCCGCAACAAGCUGUGCUUGCUCAUUUGACGUCUUACGUCGACCACUCUGGAGAGUCUGUGAACGAGAUCGAGGACGAGUUAAUCGUACCCUGGAAGGUCAAUUCUCGACGCCCAGUCGGCGUGGGUGGUCGGCUGAUGAGGCGAAUGACGUACCGCCGAGGUAUGAAUCAUUGAGAAGACCAGCUGACAACGAGGAGAACUCCUAAAUAGGCGAUCCCGACGAUCGAGGGAGCCAGGAGGAAGCGAGACGAGGUCGAUCCGAAGUCGAACGCUCGGUCUGAUCGGAACGAGACGUCGAAUCGUGAAAAGCGUUCGGGGAUGUCUUAGGGGAUGAAUGCGAAGCAGAGAGGUUGCACUCUGAGGAGAUCUUGUUGCAUUCGUGUCCGAUGUACGUAGAAAAACUGGAUAGAGUUUAGUCGAUGGCUAGGUAGUUCGGCUGAACGCCGAACGGCGAGAAUUCGGAUUCGAAUUUUGACAAUCUUUUUUGUAUUAUAUCUCGAUAAACCUUAGGCUAGAUACGGAAAGAUCGAUGGGAGGGAUGGGUGGAGGCGCGUUUGUUUCGCGGGACAUUUUUAUAUAUUAGAGGAGACGACGAUGGGCACCGGACACGUUGCGUUCCCGCUCCGUUUCACCGGAAGCAUCCCGAAAACGGCGAAUCCCGGCCGGCCGGCCGGCGACGAAUCCAGUUGUCGAGGCGGACACACCGGAUCGAUUGAAUCAAUAAUGAUUUCGGUUGCGUCAGAGACGGUGCCGGGCCGGACCAGGCGUCGAAACUCGGCCGUCUCGACGGCGCAGGAAACGGAAACGCGAUUUCGCAUUUCACUUUUAUACGGCCGAGGUGCUCAAGGAUACGGGGCUGCUCGUGUUGACCCGUCGUUCCUGUAUUUCAUUAGGCCACUGUUUUUCCCGUCGGCCAGGGCAAACAUCGACGGAGAGGAUAAUCGCCGAUUGGAUAACCUCUUAUCGGGGAUUAUUAUCGGUGUCCUGAUCGACGCUAGUGACGCUCGAGCGCGAACCAGUACCGGAUGGACGCAUUCGCGAAACCCUGUUGUCCGUUUGAUAUUCUUCGACGAACGUCCUUGCUACGCGAUUCUGAUUGGUAUUGGAAUUUCAAUGAAUUCGUUUCGCGGAAUGACGGAAAAAUAUGCGACGGAUGAGGUCUCGAGAAGAAAAUACAGUGGCGCACGCAAAUUGUCGAUGUUUGAACCGUUACAAUUUCGUGACGACGAGUUGUACGGCGAUGAAACUGGUCUCAUUUUAAAGCUUGGAAUCUCUACUUUCACGUCUCGUUGACUAUAAUUUUCUGAGAUGCAUCUGCAUGAUAUAGCGAACGGAAAACUGAAGGCUCAGGUUUACUCGAACAAACUACAAAUUGAAACGUCUCCAAAAGCAUUGGAAAAUUUUCUUCGUGCACGAAUCUACCAUGGAUUUGAAGAUUGAAGGUUCCUCUUCACGACCUCUUAAAAAUUGGUGAAUGAUUUUUUUUUAGUGGUUUUAUGGAAGAGAGACGAAGAAUAAGUGCGGUCGUGUAAAACUCUGUAUUACUGUAAAGUAGAGCUUCGGUAAAAGCUCGGUAAAAUGACCAAAAAAAAAUCGUACACCGAAGUGUAAAGAGCUGUUGUAAAGGGGAGACUUCAAUCUUCAAAUAUAAUUUAGGUUCAAUGGCGACAAAAUUUGUCCACUAUAUUUACAGAUGUUUUAAUCCGUAACAUUUCGAAGACGGCGCACGUCUCCAGUUUCCCACUUCCUAUGUUAUGCAAGUACGUGUUACAAGAAAAUGAACGAUGCGCUGCGAAAGUGGAAGCUUCGAGCUUUAAAAUGAGCCCAGGCUUAUCGUUGUACUACUGGUUUUUACGAAAUUAUAACAGUUCAAAUAUCGACACUGUAAAUGACGAGAAGACGAAGAGCUCGCGUUACUUUGAAAAGUUAGAAAGCAUUCAUAAAAAAAUAGUAUAUCAAUGAUCAGUUCACCCUUAUGUUUAACACGUUGAGUGCCGAAAAACAACCCCAAAAUUCCCGCAAUAUUAAACCGAAAGUGAACAAUUAAAACGUACCACAAUUUAUUGUAGCACUAGUUUAACUUUUUCGCUGUCUAAAAAUGCUAGUAACAUUCAGUUUAUUAAAAAAAAAAAAAGAAACAAUAAAAAUGAAUACCAAAAUUCAGUUAAAAAUUAGUGUCAUCCAGCUCUCAACGUGUUCAAUUUGAAGGUAGAACACAAUUGUCUCCGAAGCUUUUUCAAUCGGUUUGCAUUGAUUUGUGAAAUAGUCUGAUUCAAAAUGGCGAAAAAGAAAAAACGAUACGUCUCUAAGGAAAAUAUGAAGCUUUGUUCGAAACGUAGAGUAAACUGUACGAAUAGGUUUCCGCUGAUGAACCGUGAAUUUCGACGUCGAAUUUAACGAUGUUAAACGAACCAGGAAAAUCGUUGACCCGGUACUGUAUCGCGAGGCGGUGCCGCAUAGCGAAUCAAUGGAAUUGCAUACGUCGAAUCUACGCUACAGAUAUUAUUAUCCCCGCGAUAUUCUCGGUUGUGGUGAUUCGAAGCGAACACGAGAAUUCAGUGCAACGAGCGAGGCUGGUUUCUAGUCUUGUAGUUACGAACGAGGGCAAGCCUGUCGAGAAGAUUAUUGCGCCCGAUUAAAUAAAGAUCUGAAUGUGCUCAAAACAUCUCUCUCUCUCUCUCUCUCUCUCUCUCUCUCUCUCUCUCAGUCACUCAAUUUCUGUCGAUUGUCUUCGUGUCUUUUUCGUUCUCUCUCUCUCUCUCUCUCUCUCUCAAUCGCACAAUUUCUCUCGAUUGUCUUCGCAUUUCUUUCGUCUUUCUUAUUCUUUCCCUCUCUCUAUCUCUCUCUCUCUCAGUCACUCGAUUUCUUUCUCUCUCUCUCUCUCAGUCACUCGAUUUCUUUCUCUCUCUCUCUCUCUCUCACUCGAUUUCUUUCUCUCUCUCUCUCUCUCUUGAUUCUCUCCACAAUUUCUUUCUCGGUAAUAUCGGACUCCCCUUGGUGGCUUUCACGCAGUUUUUAUUAAUAAAACAUUUAGAAAUUACACUCGAACGACGGUGUCCUUUUACACGCUAACGAAUCAGCAAACGUUUUGGUCCUACGAUUAAAUUAAGUAUAACAAACGGUUUCUUCUUCUUUCUUCGUACUCCCCGUACAUUUGUCGGCAAUUGAUUCGCUAUUUACAACAUUAUGCAACGCGCGUGUCUCUCUCUCUCUCUUUCUCUCUCUCUCUCUCUGAGUUUGUAUGUGGGUCGUUGCAUACGUGCGGAGCCUGGCGCGGUCCAACGUUCGCGACGACGGACAAUGUCGUCGCUUCUUUUUGAUCUGUGCUCGUCAAGCUACUGUUUUAACACGAGUCCCUCUUUCCCGACCCUUUUCUUUUUUCCCCGUCCCGUCCCUUCGGUUUCUCUUAUUCACUGAUCACGCGGAAACAAACGUCGUGGCAGUGACGCGGCUAUUUGGCGAGAUUCAUUGAUCUCUUGAUUAACGAUGCUCGAGGAACGCGAGCGUGCGCGCUGUCCCAUUGGAAAUCCCCGCUCAGCCUCGCUGAACACAUAGUGAUACACCUUGCGUGACGUGACCCUUUUAUCGUACUGUAUAACAAGCCAACCCCUAGUCCUAUGAUACCGUACGAAGACAAGUAGGGUAAUUGUAUGAUAGCGUCCACGUCGAGCCUGCGACAGCGAUCGAGCCGUGCGCGACAGGACGAUAGCAAAACCGCGUAUGAUAAGUGUACGAUAGCCACGUGGACAUUGUACGAUAGUUGUGUGUGAUAGCGUGUGUGUGUGUGUCGGUGUCGCGGCGCGUGUUAACAACGUUAAGCUGAACGACGAUCGUAUGUUCGCCACGCGACAUUUGUAUGACAGUUGUACGAUAACGUGUGAUAUAGUGUCGCAGCGUGACGUUAACAGCGCGAGCUGUAUGAUAAUCGUAUGUUAGCCACGUGGACGCUUCGUGAUAGUGUUAACGGUGUAUGGUAACAGCCACGAUCUCUGUACGAUAAUGUAUAACUGUAAGAUAACAGCAACGUACGGCGGUGAUACGUCGGUGUAUGAUAAUUGUAUAAUAAUAUCUUGGUGUACGAUAAUUGUAUGAUAACGGUACAAUAACAAUGCCACAGCCGGACGGUGGACAAAACCGAGUAACUGUACAUUGGAGAACUGUACGGGUAUAACUGAACGCUGCGAUGGUAUAAAAAACCGCGUGCGAUGAACGUGUUGAGGAUGCAUGGUGGUGCAUGACCGUCGACGUUAUGAUACCCCUCUGCAUCGUGUGUGUGUACGCGCAAUCGUCGUUUUUCCAAGGGGGAGGGGGGCAGGCCGAGCCACGCGAACGCCCCGAGCACUAUCAAUGUCAAGGAAUCCAGGCCAUGGAAAAUUUCAUAUGCACAUCUGUCUCUCCCGUUCGUUGAUCCCGUCGCGACGUUUACCUCGGCAGGCUCCGCAGCUCAUUGUGACCAAGGACGAGACCGUACGUUGCCCGCAGUAUAAAAUGAAUCCUUGCUCCUCCCUGUGAAACUGUGCACGGUAGAUAAGUAUACCCCGACACGCUCGACACAUAAAAAGGUGUAUAAUGAUAUACAUAUAUAUAUAUAUAGUUAUUCGUGAACGGUCGCCUCGUUCUGGACCGAGCGACGAUCACCGACGACAAUGAAAUCAAUAUAGUCGCUUUGAGAUCAUCCCGUUCUCACAAACCAGUCGAAUCAGAGAAACGGAUACGAGAGAAAACGUCGAGCGACCAGCGUUGACGGACAAGACGAGGAGGAGGGGCCUCGCAUAACGGUCGUGUCGCUCGCGCGGAGAUGUAUCCACGGUUACGUUUGUACAAAAAUAUAAAAUAAAAAUGAUCGCCACGCAUAUACAGCCAUACACAGCAUACGUGCACUCCCAACACCGCGACGCCGGCCGGUGCGUACUCUCGUGUGGUUUGUAUCCUUGAUCACAAUGCUCGCACGAUGAAUCCGUUUUUUUAAUACAAUAUAAUCUACUAAAUAGAGUUUCACCUCUUUCAUUCGUCUCUUCGUGUUCGUGUUCGUCCCGUAUAGAAAUUUCUCUUAGCCAAUCCCUGGACCCCCUCAGCGCAGAACACACCUUUUUGUGCCAGCAAUUUCGAUCUCGAAUUCAGUUGUACGUUCGUUUCCCGGUUUUCAAGGUUUGUCAACCCACGGCAAGAAGUGAAUAACUUGACCCGUAACAUGCCCGAUAAUAAAACGCAAGCAUUCAUGGAAGAUAAGAUCGCGGAAGAGGAGAAAACUGAAGUGUCGCCCUGUUUUGUUUGGGUGUGUGUGUGUGUGUAUGUCUGAUGUCUGUCUGUUGUGUGUGUGUGUGUUCGAAAGUGUCAAACUCACAAUAUGCCGGAUAACGUUCCUCGGUAUUUGAGAGAGGUGAGAAUCAAAUUUGAGGCCAAGUCUAUUCCAUGGGGAACAGUGCGAGGAACUCAAGUUUGGCUCAUGGUGUCGCCUGUUAAAUGCAGAUGACGGUAAAGUCUUCAAAUGAACAGUAAAAAAUUGCUUGAACCUUUGUUCGCAAAGAAACAACACGUACACGGUAUCAUCCGUUGCAGAUUAUCGAGCAAUCUUUGCUGAGGCGCAUGAUGUUCGCUAUUGUUUGCACGCGCACGUUGUUGUUUCUUUGCUGAAUUGUUUCGCUUACACUGGUAUAUAUUACUGUACGCGUACAAAAUUGAACUUAUACAACGUCAUGGUGUCGUGAGUGUUCACGCUGCGACCGAGCAUGAACACCGAAUGAAAAAUUACAUUCGUUCGAUCAAAAAACAUACAUGCAAUUAAACUCUGUCGUUGUCUGCGGACAAACCUUUUUAUUCUCCGAGUACACCCCGGAGACUUUAUUCUCGAACUCGAAGUCGUAAAUGAAACAUAUUCGCUCUAGUUUCUUAUCCCAUGUACUAUCCGAGAAGGUAAGCGUCAUUCGAGGAAUUCCAAACAACAUUGCAUGUAUGUUCACAGUAGAGUUUGCUGAAAAUAUAAUUUGUUGAUAUUCAUGGAUCGUUGCAGAAUUCACAUUGCACAAUUAAGUCGAAGAAGAUCGGAACUCAAAGUGGUUAUGUCCAGAAACACUCAACGGCUCAUAUGGGGCUGUAAUCCUGGCAAAGUGGCAGAAAUGCGCGGAUCACAUAAAGAACUCCCUGGAUCGGCUAAUGUGCAGUCACGACGCAGGUCUAUCUAGUACUGAGAUUUCUAUUAGCCUAAGACCACGCAACGCCGGAUCUGUUAGUAACAGCCCACGCGGCUUGUAUACUCUGUCAUUCUGUUCACAAACGAACUUGGCCACCUUACGCAAACACUUUUCGUACUGAGUCUCUGUGCAUAUGUAAAUUAGAUAACCGGUGAGGCAAGCCAAGCAGCUUUCACAAUACGUGGAACAACUGGCCCGUUCUGCUUCGGCAAAGUAGUUGUUCAACUGAGUGACUGUGUACUCGAACGAUUGUCUGUCCAACUAAAGUAGGAAAUGAUAUAGGGAAAAAAAUGACCUGUAAGUUCAUUAUAUAUUCACACAUAUUAACUGCUAGAAAAAGGAUUAAUUCCGUAUUCAAUUUUGUCAUAUAUUCCUGUGAAAGAGUAUGAUAUAAACAAAAUCUAAUAAUUCCAAUUCAUAUAAUUCAAACAAUUGUUGGUUCAAUAAAGAAAGGAAAUAAAAUAAUAA